AUGGCUGGAAUUCCAAAUUCGGAUGCUGUAGUCCAGCAUCUAGACCUUUCUUAUGGCCCCCUACCAGGAUUAGCAUGGUCAUACCAAGAGAAUCCUCUCAUUGCACAGAUAGCUGGGGUACCAGAGCAUGGAGAAAUCCAGACUGGAUAG